GUCAUCUGUCGAUUGUCAAACAGAUUUACGCGAGGAUUUUCUUAUUUUUUAUGCAAAUUGGUGUGUUUUGAACAAUAACAAAAUGGUGCUUAUAGCAGCUACAGUAUGCACAAAAUCAGGGAAAGCCCUAGUCUCGCGACAGUUUGUGGAAAUGACGAAGGCGCGUAUAGAGGGGCUGCUGGCAGCCUUCCCCAAGCUCAUGACUGGAGGUCGUCAACACACCUUCGUGGAGACUGAAUCAGUCAGAUAUGUGUACCAGCCACUAGACAAGCUGUACAUGCUCCUCAUCACCACUAAGGCCAGCAACAUUCUUGAGGAUCUGGAGACACUCCGUCUCUUCAGCCGAGUGGUGCCUGAAUACUGCACCCAGCUAACUGAAACGGAGGUGCUGAACCAGGCCUUCAACCUGCUGUUUGCCUUCGAUGAGAUUGUGGCUCUCGGAUACAGGGAGAGUGUCAACUUGGCACAGGUUCGUUCCUUUGUCGAGAUGGACUCUCAUGAAGAAAAGAUUUACCAAGCUGUUAGACAGACUCAAGAGCGAGAGGCGGCCAACCGCAUGCGAGAGAGAGCUAAGGAGCUGCAGAGAGAACGUCUCGAAGCCGCCAAGAGGGGUGGCGCGCCGCGCAGCACCAUGGCUUUCGGCAGCAGCGGUGGUUUUGGCAACCAGUCCAUGUCUUCAGCAGCGGGUGUUGAACCCAUCGCGGAGAAGAUCCCCACCACACCUGCUAGGGACACUCGGCCGGCGACCCGUUCAGCGAUGAAGCUCGGCUCCCGCGGCACAGACGCGGAGUCCUUCGUGUCCAAACUCCGCAGCGAGGGCGACGUGGCGGCCGCAGUUGCCCCCACUACCCAGCCAGACGUCAAGCCUGGGGCUAUACCGGCGCCCGACCAGAAGGAUGUUCACCUGCGAUUUGAAGAAAGGUUGAAUCUGGUGGCGGGACGCGACGGUGACAUACAGAAUUUCGAGCUCUCUGGUCUCCUGACACUGCGCAUCAGCAACGAGCAAUUCGGCCGAAUACACGUGCAUGUCGACAACAAGGACACCAGGCCAUUGCAGCUGCAGACUCACCCCAACGUUGACAAAGAGGCAUUCCGCUCCAGCGGAGUGAUUGGCUUGAAGCAGGCACAGCGGCCGUUCCCGCUCCACUCUGACGUCGGCGUACUCAAGUGGCGUCUCGCGACUGCUGACGACAAACUCGCUCCUAUCUCAGUGAACUGCUGGCCGUCAGAGGGCGCCAACGGCGGCUGCGACGUGAACAUCGAAUACGAGCUCGAGCAGGACCAUCUGACCCUACAAGACGUCACCAUCAACAUUCCUCUGCCAACCGGCAACAGUUCAGUAGUAGUCCACCAAUGGGAGGGCAGCUACGCUCAGAAAGGCCGCAACCUAAUCUGGAGCAUUCCUCUCAUCGACAGGCAACAUAAGUCUGGCAGUCUUGAGUUCACGGUAACCCCAGCGAUCCCCAACGAUUUCUUCCCGCUGACCGUAUCUUGGAGCUCCGAUACCACCCUGGCCCUUCUAAGCGCCACUCACGUCUCCCAAGCGGCCGACGGUUCGCCCGUCGACUAUUCGCAAGAGAUCAGUUUCCAUCCGGACAAGUACGAGAUCGUCUAGGUGCGUUUUUUAGACCGAAUUGCAUUCUCGCAAACUCAUAAUAGCCAUAAGAUUUUUAUGAAAUGAUUUCUUCUCGCUGACUGUAAUAGAGUUUUAACACUAGCCUGACACUCUUGAGUGCCACUCGCGUGUCCCAAAGCGGCAGACGGUUCGCCCAUCGACUAUUCACAAGAGAUCAGUUACCAUCCGGACAAGUAUGAGAUCGUCUAGGUGCGUUUUUUAGACCGAAUUGCAUUCUUGCAAACUCAUAAUAGCCACUAGGUGUAUAUGAAUUUAUUUCUUUCCACUGACUGUAAUUUAGAGUCCUAAGACUCCUCUGGCCAUCCUGAGUGCUACUCGCAUCUCCGCCGACGGUUCGCCCGUUAACCAUUCGCAGAUCAGUUUUCAUCCGGACAAGUACGAAAUCGUCUAGGUGCGUUUUUUAAACCGAACGGCAGUCUUACGAACUCGUGGUAGCCAUGGGAUAUGCGUAUAAAUGAGGUUUUUUUUCUUACUUACUGCUUACGUGUAUGUCAAGUCGUGGUGAUUCUUAUGAAACACAUCGAAGUUGGUGUAAUCUGACGUAUUGUCCAUGGGUAUUAUGAGUUUGCCUGUGUAAUUAAAAUUUGGAUAGAAAAUAUUACACAUUUAAGUUUAAAUUGUAUAUUCAUUUUAUUGUAGUUGAA